ACAGCAUCCUCACUCUAUACGAGAAGACAGUCUAUGUCUAAAGCCCCGAACCGGUAGAAUAUACGUGCGCAAUUCGUAAUAUCAUUAAUUAUCGUGAAUAAAUUUACUCUUCAUUUGUGAUUUACGAGUAACAUUUCCUUCUUUAUUCCAUUCGUUUGCUGGUCAAUACUUUAUUGACGAUUUUGGUUCGCCUUUUCGAUCAUUGAAAGAACGAAAGCAUUGUGAUUUCUUGACCGUAUAAAUAAAUAUCAUAUUGCACAUUGGAAAUUUCGUGUGUUACGUGAAAAAGAGACCUCAGUGAAGUACUGCUGAUUGACGAUAACAGGAGAAGAAAAUUUUAUUAUCAAAAGGUGAUCGUUACAUCACCUUAAUAGUGAUUAAGAACCAUGGCACAUCUGAGGCUACUCAUUGUCAUGAUCAUAGCUGUCUUUUGCUAUGUUCCUCUUGCUGAAAGCGCGGCUGUACAUGCUGAGGAUUUUGCUGAAAAAUUGGAACGUAUUGCAUUGGAAGUCAGUCCUGAGAAGCUUCAACUUGAACAUGAGGCUAAAUCGAGUGUCAACAAAUUGGAGAAGCAUUUUUGCGAUAAACAACCUUGUGCUUGGGCCAUAUACUCGCCUUUAACAAGAGAUAUUAACUCAUAUAUAUCCAAUACAUGUGGUUGUCUUGACAAAUCCUACAAAUGCAUACGUACUGAUGAUGAUCUUUCAGCAGCUGCUUAUGUAUAUCAUUGUCGUCAAAAUAUAACUGAAGAGGACAUUGAAGCUCCAGAAGAAGUCAACUAAUUUAUAUCACUUUAUUGACAAUCAAAUCAUGAGUAAUUUAUCAUAUCUGUCAUCCUUAAUCGUUAGUAAAAACAAGUAGGGGAGUUUGUGUGGUUACUUCUCAUAAAUAAGCUCUACUAUCAGUUUUUUUAUAUUGCAAAGUGAACAAUAGUAUUAAUUUACAAAUAGAAGAAUAAUAUCGGUAUUAUUUUUUCAUUUUAUAUUUUUUACACUGAGAAAAACAAAAUGGGUUAUUUAAAAGAAACCAGUACUGGUGAUUGUCAAUCAAAUGUACUGACAUAUUUAUAUUCACAUAACAAGAAAAUUUUUCUGAUUAAGAAA